GAGCAGAGAAGAACAGAGAACCAUUCAACUUUGUAAGUGAAGAGUGAAAAUGAUGAAUAGUAACAACAUUCAUUUAUGUAUUUACAGUGAGCACACCUUAAGUAAUGACAGAGGCACUGAAAGAAGGAAAGGUCCAUGCUAAUGGAUGCUGAUUAACAGGUUUCCUAGAAGUAUGAGUUGCAUAUUGCCAGUCGCUCCUCCUCCUCCAUGAUGACCAUGUGAUGCAGGUCAAACACAGGCCGACAGGAGAGGAAGGACAACUGCAUGUUCUCACCUUGCAGAGUGCAACAAAGAUCCUCGAGAGAAGAAAUCUGAGAGUUUCCUCACCCCGAGAGGUUUUCAAAGGAGAAAUCUUCACAAAACUGAAGGGAUCCUGCUGACCACUGGUGACUCACAUCUGUUUAAAGGGACACAUAAUGACAGAUGUGCUGAUGGCAGGGGAUAAACUACUGGACAUGUGGACUAGAGAAGACACAGAAAAAGACUCCUGCUUGGAUCAAAAACUGGAAUCUCAACCACGCAAAAAAAUACCCCACUCAAUCGAGGAAAUCCUAAGAAGGCCCACGUGUAUCAGAAAUGAGAGUCGAGUUCAUCGGAACUGGUCUGUGAUCAGGGAAAACAGACAAAUAUCUGACCAGCACUCAUGUACAGAAACUCCACAGAUUAGGCUCCUUGAAGAGUCUCCAAAACCCACCACAGACUGCAAGAGUCAGAGGAAAAAGAAGCAAACCAGGGUCACGUUCACGCCAUUCCAGGUGCAGGAGAUGGAGAAAGUUUUCCAGCAGACUCACUAUCCUGACAUCAACACCAGAGACCAGCUAGCCUCCCGCCUGCACCUCACUGAGGGCAGAAUACAGAUCUGGUUCCAGAACCGCAGAGCCAAAUGGAGGAAGGCUGAAACGCUGAAGGACAUUGAGGCGGUGACCAGACAGCAGGUACAUUCAGCCAGCCACCACCUGCUUUAUUAUGAGCCCCCCAUGCAGACGGUGUGCUGGCUGCCCUGCUCCCGUCCUGAACCUCUCCAGUCCAGGCUGUACUUCAGAUCAACGUUGACGCCGGCUGUUCUGACACAUUUCCCAGUUCACAGGACUCUCUAUUUUGACAUGCUGGGGAUGGAACGAUAGCACCUUCAGUUUUCUUACAAAUCCUUCAGUUUAAGUCUCUCUUUUUUUAAAUUAACCGUCCUGUUGUCCUCAUUUACAGGCACCAAAAAAUAUUGUUUCCUCGUCUGAAAAAAAUCCAAAAAUUCAGCAAAAACAUUCCCCAGAUUUCAGAAAAUUUGUGAAAACCUUCAGGAAGAAAAUUCCAAAAAAUCUUUUAAAGUUUCCCUUAAAAGUUUUAUUUUUUAAAAAAAAGUCCUCCAAAUUUGGCAAGAAAAUUCUUGUAAAUAUUUUCAAAAAAUAAGUAAAAAUCUUCCUCCAAAAAAUGCAAAAAAUAUCUAAAGUGAUUACAUAUACAUCAAUAAAACUUCUAAUAUUUUCUUAAGACCAUUCACAUAAAACAAUCAACCAAAAUCCAGUGAAAUUUGCUGGAUUUUGGUUGAUUUUUUAUGUGAAUGUUCUUAAGAAACAUUUUUUUCCACCAAAAAAUGUUCAAAGAUUUCCCCAAAAUGUUGAAAAUGUGGAAAUCAGAAAUUUCACUGUAAAAAUAUAUUUUUUUCUGCAUUUUCAAACUUUAAAACAGGUCAAUUUUGACCUGCACGAUGACACGAGGGUUAAAUGUGGUGCAAAGUGUCUGAUAAUGCAGAAAAUGAAGGCAGAAUUUGAUCUGUAGAAUGAUUUUAUUGUUAGACUGUCCCACUAGAAUAAGUUCUUUUUCCAUUUCCAAAUAAAGCUGCCUAUUAAAAGCA